ACUGCUUCCUCUACUGCCUCGUGCUGCAAUGCUUGUAUUUGUAAUGCUAUGAAAUAUUGUUGAUCGGAGGUAGCCUUUCUUUGGGUUUACUCCCUCCCUGGAUUAGUUACUACUUGGCAAUCGAUCAACUGCUAUUCUACUCUUCUACCCCUCACUGGCAAUAUUUUUCUCGUUUCUCUACAAGCAUCAAAAUACUGGACGAUGGCAGACACUGUCCACUAUACGUUCCCUUCUCCUCUAGAAGGUUACGAGAACCUCGAGCCACUCACCGAAGAAAAAGCAGAGGACGGAAAAUCCUUGCUUAAUCUGCAAACUGGAAUAAAAUCCUCCGCGUAUACUUCUUUCCCCGCACCACUCGAUAACGGCCGUCGUGGCGGGUUCGAUGUACAUAUAUACUACAUACAAAGAAAUGCUGGACAAACCAAGUUCGCCCAGGAGCUUCAUGAACGGAUUCGUCGCGAAUUCCCCGAGCUACGCAUAUAUCGGUUCUGGGACAGACCCGUUGGUCCCCACCCAGUCGCCAUGUUCGAAGUGAAUCUUCUCAAUCCGGUCGAGUUUGGUGCUUUUGUUCCAUGGUUGGCGAUUAAUAGGGGCCCAUUAAGUGUGUUGAUUCACCCAAAUACAGUGAAUCCAGGGGAAGAAUUGAGAAAUCAUUCGCAACGAGCCAUAUGGAUGGGGGAACGAUUCCCCUUGGAUUUAGAGCCCCUGAAGGGGUUGUAAUUAAUUUUUUCCCCAACGGCUGGUGCAUGUUUUUACGAGCCUAGUCCGAUCAUACCUUCUAAUUUUAGGUCCGGUAGUCGAGUAAAAUCGAACUUGGAAAAGGAAGCAAGAAGAUGUACAUCAGGAUUUUCAAACUACUCUAUGGGCUUGAGGUGCGUGUUCGGAUUGAGACCCUGUGUCUCUUGGUUCCUUGACCUAGACUUUACUCAACUGCAUACCAUUGGUUUGAGGGAAAU